CCACCUGACCUUCCUCCCGUGAGUCUCGGCGGCGCGCUCCUUCCCGGCCUCCCCCGCGGCGGCGGCCAGCAGCAGGAGCGGCAAGAUGGCGCAGCCGCCGGUUCCCCUGAAGGACACCAGGCUGAUGGACGUGAAGCUGGGCCAGCUGACCUCCUGGCUGGCGAUGAGGGACUUCACCCCCGGCGGCAUCGCGGGGGCCCUGCGCAGAGGUUAUGACAGGUAUUACAAUAAAUACAUCAAUGUGAAGAAAGGGGGCCUUGGUGGUAUCACUAUGGUGCUUGCUGGUUAUGUUCUCGUCAGCUACAUUUGGAGCUAUGACCACUUGAAGCAUGACCGUCACAGGAAGUAUCACUGAAGCACAAAUUUCAGAAAGUGAAGGUGCAGAUCUUGAACAGAUUCAGCUGCUGGAACAAGCAUCCUGAUGAAGUCAUCAGAACUGUUCAUAUUAAAACUAUACUACUGUUAUGACCAACAAUAAAGUGUAUGCACUUUGCAUUCUCUGA